AUGCCUUCUGCAAAGUCAAGUGGCAAGGGUAAGGCCAGCGGCAAGGUCAAAAAUGAAGAUUCCAAGUCUACGUCCCGUUCCACUAGAGCUGGCCUCCAGUUUCCAGUCAGCCGUAUCCAUCGCAUGUUGAGGAGAGCCAACGUCAGCAAGCGCAUUGGGUCUGGUGCUCCCGUAUACCUUGCUGCCGUACUUGAGUACUUGUCGGCUGAAAUCUUGGAGUUGGCCGGAAAUGCAGCUCGUGACAACAAGAAACGUCGUAUCAAUCCUCGUCACCUUCAACUCGCUAUUCGUAAUGAUGAAGAGUUGAGUAAACUGCUCGGAGAUGUGAUUAUCUCGGAGGGUGGUGUUGUACCUUACAUCAACCCUGCACUCCUUCCUGCAAAGAGCAAGAAACAAAGUCUCGACAGCCAAGAGGUGUAA